CAAGCAUCAGCUCAAUGAUUCUUCAGUACCUAUAUUAUUUUCCAGUGUUUGCAACCACAAAUAGAAACACAACCCAAAAAAAACCGCCGCCUUCUCCACCAAGGCUUCCUAUAAUUGGAAACCUUCAUCAAAUCGGUCCAUACCCGCACGUUUCUCUUCGGGCCUUGGCUAAAAAGUAUGGUCCAUUAAUGCUGCUUAAGUUCGGAAGUGUGCCUGUGCUUGUUGUUUCUUCAGCUGAUGCAGCCAGAGAGAUUUUGAGAACCUAUGAUCUGGUUUUUUCUGACCGGCCUAUCUCAAAUGUCUCGAAUAAAAUCUUCUAUUACGGUCGGAACGUGGGGUUUUCCAGGUACAGUGAGUAUUGGAGACAAGUAAAGAGUAUAUGUGUUACUCAACUCCUGAGUACCAAAAGGGUUCAUUCAUUUCACAAUGCCAGAGAAGAAGAAGUUGCUCUUUUUCUCCAAAAAAUUAGAGGUUCUCACUCGAAAACAGUUAAUCUAAGUGAAAUGAUAUCGCAACUAACCAAUAACAUACUCUUCAGGGUUGUCCUAGGAGGGAAAUCUGACAGUCCCCAUAAAUGGAACUACUCAUACAGGAUAGUAGUGAAGAAAAUACUUGAUAUGUUGGCCUAUUCCCACAGCAUGGGGGAUUUUUUCCCGUAUCUCGUUUGGUUUGAUUGGCUCAGUGGAUUAAACGGAAAGGUGGAGAAAGCAGCCUAUGAGGUGGAUGCUUUUCUGGAAAGUGUUGUUAGAGAUCAUCAUGCAGCUACUGAUGAUGGCUGUGCAAACAAAGAUUUUGUAUCCAUUUUGCUUGAUAUUGGAUCUCCUAUUGACAAAGAAUGUAUUAAAGCUGUUAUCUUGGAUAUGCUCAUCGCUGGAACUGAAACAACAGCCACAACUCUGGAGUGGACCAUGGCAGCACUGAUAAAAAACCCGGACGUCAUGUCCAAAUUGCAGAAAGAGGUAAGGAAGAUAGGCAAAGGCAAAUCUCAGAUAUUAGAGGAUGAUUUAGUCAAAAUGAACUACCUGAAAGCUGUAAUGAAAGAGAGUAUGCGAUUGUACAUGCCAGCACCAUUAGUUGUUCCAAGAGAAGCAAGGCAGGACGUGAAUGUACUGGGGUAUGACAUAGAAGCAGGGACACAAGUACUGAUUAAUGCAUGGGCAUUGUCCAGAGACCCUUCAUUGUGGGACAACCCAGAGGAGUUCCGUCCUGAGAGGUUCUUGAAUAGUCCUGUUGAUUACAAAGGCCUUCACUAUGAGUAUCUUCCCUUUGGAUCCGGUAGGAGGGGCUGCCCCGGGAUCCAGUUUGCAGUGGCUAUUAAUGAGCUUGCAGUAGCCAAUAUUGUGCACAAUUUCAAUCUUGAAUUGCCUGAUGGAAAAAGAGUGGAGCAUUUGGAUAUGACUGCUCUCUCCGGCCUUGUUCUUCACCUAAAAUCUCCUCUCUUGGUGGUUGCCACACCACAUGUUUAAUUGUUUUUCAUCAUUUCUGUAUGUGCUCAACUAAGGGUCCUUUGUCAUUCAAUAAAAAACCAUGCAUGUGUUGUCUCAA